UUAAAUUUGUUAGUGACAGAUGUUUUCAAGUUGGCAACAAAUUUCUGCUGGAACGAAAAUGUUUGACAUUUCCAAUUUGCCACUCAAAAUUUGAAAGAUAAAUAAAAAAAAAAAAAAAACAGUUAAUGAUGCAGGGUAUUUUAAGAGAGGUGCAAGGAUUCGUUGUCCUACCCAACAAAUCAGUGGGCAACGGUGACUCGAAUGUCCAGUUAUCAGAUAUUUCCAAAGAUAUCUUACAACUCCAGAAUGUGGUACAGAGCCAGCUUGAAGGAAUAAAAAUUACGAAACAAAAGAAGUUAUGGGAAAUCAUAGCGGAAAUUUUGAAUAAGGAGUUCCAUCUAAAACUAACAGCUUCUCAGGUGGAAAAUAAGUGGAGAACUCUCUUGAGGGCAUACAAAAACGUGACUGACAAUAACAAUAAAACAGGCAGAGGUAGAAAAGUUUUUCAAUAUCAGGAGGAAAUGGAUAUCAUUUUUUGUAAAAAAAAGAAUAUAAAUCCAGAGGUACUGUUAAGCAAUGAAACCAUUGUUGCUAUACCUGAAAGUAUUACUUCUACAACCCAGAAUAAAAAAGAUGAACAUAAUUCGGAAAGCCCUUUGAGUUCAAGAAUGGAAUUUGUUUCUGAUACACCUACACAUUCUGAAAUGCCCAUGAAAAACAGUGAUUUAGAGCAAAGAAGCAUAAAAAUAAAAAGAAUUGUGUCCAGGAACGAUGUUCUCGAAAAAAUUAGAUUAGACAGACAAAAGCAACACGAACAGAUAGUAAGGAAAAUAGAGGAGCGAAUACAAUUGCAAAAGCAAAAAUUGACUGAACGUAAAUGGCAAAAUUAUAUACAGGAAGAGAGGAACACUAUUCUUCGAAAGUAUCUUGAAAAUAGUUAUAAUAAUAUAUGUGGUUGA